CGCAGUUAUAGUAGCUGUAUAAAAAAUAUUCUAACUAAUGCCAUUUUAGCAUUAUAACUCUAUUUAUAUAGCAUGACUCUCAAGGCAUCCUACCUUACCGUGCAUAAAAAAAACUUUAAAUACAAGCUAUGAAAUAUCACUUGGAAAAAUCGCUUAAAAGUCUGAUAUUUGUCAUCGUAAUAGAUAUUGUUCGGAUCCCUUGGGGACGUUCUCAUUGCAGAGUCACAUUCGUACUGUUUUGUUACUGUUGCAACUUGAAAGUUUUUGUUGAAAAAGCUUAUAGUAGACUAAAAGAGAGUAUGGCAUUUAAUAUUCGAUUGAGAGAAAUGGUUAAAUUCCGUCAUAUGAAAGAUAAAGGAUCAAUAAAGAUAUGGCUAUUAGUCAAGAAGGGAAAACUAUUAUGCAAGCUUGCAAGCAAUCUGCUUCUGAAUGUCCAAAAGGCAAAUGACGGUGCAAUCAGUAGAAACGUCUCACGUAUAAAAUUGAGUCAAAAAAAGAAGCCCAACGGGGGGCUCGAACCCCCAACCUUGAGAUUAAGAGUCUCACGCUCUACCGAUUGA